AACCUCUGCCUUAUUAUCUCCCUUUCUCUCCCUGAAUCUCUCUUUGGCUCCAUUCUCUAUCUGCAGCACCCAGCAGAGAGGGGCAUGACGUGCUGUCUUCUCUGAAACAAAAGCGCAAAUAGAGCCAGUUAGAUUUUGAUAAGAUAGUCGUAUUUCUUGUAUGCAUUUACAUAUGAAAUGGGUUCCCGAGGAAGACUAUUAUUUGAUCUUAAUGAACCCCCUGAAGAUGAUGAAGACUGUGAUCAUGCUGCCUGCUUACAGCCACAAAAGGCACUUCCAUCUGCAAGUUGCCAUGCCCCUGACUUGUUUGUGACAUCAGCAGGCUCUGAAAGAAUAGUAAAUAACCGUGCAUUCUCACAUGCACCAUCUGGUUCAGGUUUUCAGCCUUUUAUGCGACCCAAUCUCUACUUUCCCUGAAGUAGGUGUGAACCCAAGAGGGGAGGCGAGCAGAAUUUUAAUUUGGCAUCAUCAUCUACAAAGUCAAGUAACAGUGAGGAGAGAAAAGCUCAUGUAGAAGCUUCGCCUGUUUCAGGUUCUGCUAAUGCUCAACCUGUGGAAAGAGAAGAAGGUGAAUGGUCUGAUGCUGAGGGUUCUGCUGAUGCACAUGGAAAUAGUAAUAUCCAUGAAGAGAUUAAGGCUUCACUAGAGCAAUGUGUACAGGAAGUGAUGGAAACUGGUGCUUCAGGUGUGACUGUUGACUCUGUUAGUGCUACUGAGAAGAGUCAUUCUCCAUUAAGACUGGAACAACAUCUGAGUGAUCAGAAAGGCAACAAUAGCCGAAAUUCAGAAGGAAAUGCUUUAGGUCUGACGGUUGACACUGUUAGUGCUACUGAAAAGAGUCAUACUCCAUUAAGACUGGAACAAAUUCCGAGUGAUCAGAAAGGAAACAUUAGCCGAAAUUCAGAAGGCAAAGCUAAAGGUGAUAUAUCUGUUGAUCGUCAGGAAGAACCUGGCUUGUUGCCUAAACAAAGAGAAGUUAAAGGUAUUGAAGCUAGUUAUGCUCUUAAGUGUGCGAAUAAUCCAGGAAAGAGGAAGAUAGACGAGCAGAAAGAAGCAAUGCUGGGAAAGAAACGGAAUAGGAAGACCAUGUUUCUUAAUUUGGAGGAUGUUAAACAAGCUGGUCCCAUCAAAACUUCUAUCACAAGAAGGCAGAACUCGUCAACGCCCGUUAUUACUCGUACUGUGAAAGAAGUUCGUACUGCUCAACUCGGUGGAAAUGUUGGAGAAAAGCAGGGUCAGCCAAUAAAUGAAGAUCAGAAUCAAGUUGAGUUACCAUGUAAUGAAGGAAGCAACCCCCCAGUUGAUUCAUGUAAUCUAAAACCUGGAUGUAAUGGUAGUAUAAAUUCUGGAAUACUUGGCAGGCCUAAGAGGUUAAAUAGUGACAUUGAUCUUUCAGAGGCUCAAUUACUGCCAAUUCCGAGGCAGAGUUCAUGGAAGCAACCCUUAGAUUCAAGGCCGCUUAAGAAUCCACAGUUUUCUAAUAGGAAGCCAGCUUCAAUAAACCAAAGCUCCAUGGACACUAAGAUGGUAAACAAGAAACAUUUUCCUUCUAAAAAGACAACUUCUACUGGUACCUCAUAUCAAGACACAUCUGUGGAACGUCUUAUACGAGAGGUGACGAAUGAAAAGUUUUGGCAUCCCCCAGAGGAUACUGAACUGCAGUGCGUUCCUGGGCGGUUUGAAUCUGUAGAAGAGUAUGUCAAUGUAUUUGAGCCUUUGCUUUUUGAGGAAUGCCGUGCACAACUGUACAGCACAUGGGAAGAGUUAACUGAAUCACCUUCAAGAGAUACACAUAUAAUGGUCCGCAUCAAAAGCAUUGAGAGGCGAGAAAGAGGAUGGUAUGAUGUGAUAGUGCUUCCUACUAAUGAGUGCAAGUGGGUAUUCAAGGAGGGCGAUGUUGCAGUUUUGUGGGCCCCAAGGCUGGGUUCAGUUAGAACUAAGUGGAACAACACAUUAAUUGAAGAAGAUGAGGAGGCUGAGGUUGCCGGACGUGUGGUUGGUACUGCUAGGCGGCACAUACCUAUUGAUACUCGUGAUCCUCUUGGUGCAAUUCUUCACUUCUAUGUUGGGGAUUCCUAUGAUUCCAACUGCAAGGCUGAUAAUGAUCACAUUCUGCGGAAACUUCAGCCUAAGGCCAUUUGGAAUCUAACUGUUCUUGGAUCUCUUGCAACUACCCAGCGGGAGUAUGUGGCACUGCAUGCAUUUUGUCGUCUUAAUUCGAAGAUGCAAACUGCAAUACUCAAACCGAGUCCUGAUCACUUUCCCAAAUAUGAGCAGCAAACUCUUGCUAUGCCUGAAUGCUUCACACCUAAUUUUGUUGAUUAUUUGCAUAGGACCUUUAAUGGGCCUCAGCUUGCAGCAAUCCAGUGGGCAGCUACUCAUACAGCUGCUGGAACAAGUAGCGGGACAAAGAGGCAAGAGCCAUGGCCUUUUACUCUUGUUCAAGGGCCUCCUGGAACAGGUAAGACGCAUACGGUCUGGGGGAUGCUAAAUGUCAUACAUCUGGUUCAAUAUCAACACUACUAUACCUCUUUGCUUAAGAACCUAGCACCUGAGAGCUAUAAGCAAACUAAUGAGAACAGUCUUGACAAUGUUCCAAUGGGAUCAAUUGAUGAAGUACUUCAGAAUAUGGACCAGAAUCUUUUCCGCACCCUUCCAAAACUCUGCCAAAAGCCCAGAAUGUUAGUCUGUGCUCCUUCGAAUGCUGCAACUGAUGAGCUUCUUUCACGUGUCCUCGAUCGAGGAUUUAUUGAUGGUGAGAUGAAAAUCUACCGUCCUGAUGUGGCUCGAGUUGGGGUAGACUCAACAAAGGCUGCUCAGGCAGUUUCUGUUGAGCGGAGAACUGAGCAGCUUUUACUCAAGAAUCGUGAUGAAAUCUUAGGGCAUAUGAACACUUUAAGGGCUCGUGAGGCUAUGUUAUCUCAGCAGAUAGCUACUCUGCAAAGGGAACUUACUGCUGCAGCUGUUGUUGUUCGGUCCCAAGGAUCUGUUGGUGUUGACCCUGAUAUUCUUGUUGCUCAAGAUCAGAGCCGAGAUGUAUUGCUACAAAAUCUUGCUGCAAUUGUUGAAAACAGAGAUAAGGUUCUAGUUGAGAUGUCUCGACUUCUUAUUUUAGAACCCAGGUUCCGUGCCGGAAGUAACUUCAACUUAGAAGAAGCCCGGGCUAACCUUGAGGCCAGUUUUGCCAAUGAGGCAGAAAUUGUUUUCACUACGGUCUCUAGUAGUGGUCGUAAGUUGUUCUCUCGCCUUACCCGGUUUGAUAUGGUUGUUAUUGAUGAGGCUGCCCAAGCCAGUGAAGUUGGAGUUCUUCCUCCCCUUUCUCUUGGUGCAGCAAGGUGUGUACUUGUAGGGGAUCCCCAGCAGCUUCCUGCAACAGUCAUUAGCAAGGCUGUUGGUACCCUCUUAUACAGUAGAAGCCUUUUUGAAAGGUUCCAGCAAGCAGGAUGCCCAACUAUGUUGUUAUCUGUGCAAUAUAGGAUGCACCCUCAAAUUAGGGAUUUUCCUUCUAGGUACUUUUACCAAGGACGUCUUUCCGAUAGCGAAAGUGUUGCCAACUUACCUGAUGAGGUUUACUACAAGGACCCUUUGCUUAAACCUUAUUUGUUCUAUGAUAUUACGCAUGGCCGGGAGUCCCAUAGAGGUGGAUCUGUUUCAUACCAGAAUGUCCAUGAAGGUGUUUGUUUGCGCUUGUAUGAGCAUCUACAGAGAACUUUAAAAUCUAUGGGUGUGCUAAAAAUCACAGUGGGUAUUAUCACACCAUACAAACUGCAACUAAAAUGUAUACAACGUGAAUUUGACAGUGUGCUAAAGUCAGAGGAAGGGAAGGAUCUAUAUAUUAAUACUGUAGAUGCUUUCCAAGGCCAGGAGCGUGAUGAUAUUAUGUCUUGUGUCCGGGCCUCGGGUCACAGUGUGGGUUUUGUUGCUGACAUUCGUCGAAUGAAUGUUGCCCUUACUCGUGCCAGAAGGGCUUUGUGGGUUAUGGGAAAUGCAAAUUCUCUGGUGCAAUCUGAUGACUGGGCAGCCUUAAUCGCUGAUGCCAAAUCUAGGAAUUGUUUUAUGAACAUGGAUUCUCUGCCCAAGGAGUUUGCAAAAGACUUACUCUCCAAAGAUUUUUCGGGGCCAAGGGGACUUGGUUACCCUUCACAAAGUAAGGCUUCUAGUGCAAGGGGUUUAAGGUCUGCUGGACCAAGACACAGAUCAUUAGAUAUGUACAUGGAUUCCAGGUCUGGAACACAAUCAGAAGAUGAAGACAAGUCAGGCACAUCAGUAAUUUCUAGGAAUGGGAAUUAUCGGCCAUUGAGAACACCAACAGAGACUUCCUUGGAUGAUUUUGAUCAGUCAGGUGAUAAAUCUAGGAAUCCCUGGCAAUAUGGUAUACUGAAGAAGCAAAAUUCUGCUGGUGCUGUGGGGAAAAGAGAUUCCUAGCUGUUGAUUUUUAUUUGUGCAUGGUGAAGUGCUUUGGAGCAUAACUUCAUUUCUAAGCCUCGUGAUUGAAAUGUGUAAAGAGCUCUUGGCUUCGCAAGGAUCAAGUGCAUCGCCUCUUGAAUUAUUUGUUAAGCUAUACUGCCCUAUGAAGAGCAAGAUAAGAGUAUUUGCAGGGGCACCGAUGAAGUUUUGCUCAAGGCUCGGUUACCUUUUAAAGAUCUGAGUGUGAAACUGGUUCCUGUACUUUCUUGCUAGGAGGUGCAUGAUUUCGGGAUAGGGGAUGUAUGAAAUAAUACCCUGCCCUAACCGAUCAGCUUACAUGCUUCAAAGGUAAUAAGAAAUAAAUCGGAAGGCUAUACCGUUGGGAAAACCACCUUUAUGGUCACUAUGUUGGUCAUUUGCUGAAUACAGGAACUGAAUGCUGGCAUCUUGGUCCCUGCCGUCCAACCAAAUUUCUAUUGAUAUCCCAGUUGUGUGUGCAGUUUCACCUUGUAUCUCUUUCUGCAAUAUAUCUGGCUGACACCUUGAUUCCAGAAUGUGUUGAUUAAAAAAAUUGGUCACACUCGAAAGAAGCAUUGCACGUUCAUUAAAUAUACGACCGUGAAAUCACUGGCGCAGGGUGCUAUCAAGAAUCAACAGAGUUGAAAGCUGCCAUGUACAUUCUUUGAACAUGCAGAGACACUAAGGUGACUUUAUUCAUUCUUUGGUAUGAAAGGUACGGGUUGGUUAACUGAACAUUCUUUCUUUAUUUGGCUUUUGUUUCUGCUCUGUUUGUUUGUAUUUUAUAAAUGAAGGCAAAGGGUAGAAAUAUGAAUUUUCUUCCAAAUUUGUGUAAUAGAAUAGGAAAUCUCAAACCAUAGGAAAGGAUGAGUAUUUCAAUAAUUCGUGACGUUAACUGACUUUGUACAAUAGGUUUCUUUUAUCGGCA